CAGCAGGGUCGAUGAUGACGUCACCAGGCGGGCGGCGGCGGUUUGGUGCCCGGGCACUUGCGCGGGCGAGUGCGGGCGGAGGUGCGGGUGCGGGCGGAGGUGCGGGCGGAGGUACGACACAGCAGAGGCAGCAGCGCCAGCAGCAAGGUGAAGGGGAGGAUGCAGUGGUGGUGGGGCAGGCGGGCGCCUCCUCACAGCGACCGAGUAAGAAGCCGCGAGGAGGUGCCUCAGACACAGCAGCAGCAGCUGCUGCUGGCGGGUCACAGCAGCCUUCGUCCGCAGCAGCAGCAGCAGCAGGCGGGGGCGGCACCGGCGGCCGACUGGAGCUAGCGGAGACGGAGAAGGACCGGCUCAUCCGCCGGGGCCUGCUCACUCCCUUUGACCGGCUGGCUGGCUUCGAACGCAAGAUGACCAGUGCAGCGGGGGCGGGCGUGGCCUCAGUGGCGGGAGCUGCUGCUGGUGCUGCUGCUGCCGCUGCGGCUCCCCGCCGCAUAGCCGCCGCCACCGCUGCUGGCGGCAGUCACAGUCCUAGUCCCGGCGCCGCUGCUGCUGCUGCUGCCGCCCCCCGCGGUGCCGGGUUCGGCCCCCUGCGUCACCUGGGUCGCAGCGAGCUGGGGCCGGAGGAUGCGGGUGUGCGGGGGCGCAGCGGGCGUACGGCGGCGGAGGCGAUUGAGGAGACGGGGCGGCGGGCGCUGGAGGCGCGGGCGGCGAGGCGUACGGCACAGUUCCUGGAGCCGGAGGAGCUGCCGCAGCAGCGGCCGAACGUCCGCAGCGUCCCCCCUCACUUCUGGCACGCAGCUGCCUCGGGUCGGCGGGCGGCGGGGGGUGGCGGGCGCAUGCGUCGGGAGUCCACCCUGCCGCGAGCUAAGCCAGUGGCUACAUGGAGGAAGAAGAGGGGGAGUGGGGGCGGGAAGCGGAGGAGCGGGGGAGAGGAGGGCGAGGAGGGGGCGGAAGGGCAGGAGGAGGAGGGGGAGAAGAGCGGCAAGCGGCGAAGGCGGGGGCAGCAGCGGGAGAGUGCAGCGGUGCGGGGUGAUGGAGGUGGAGACAGCGACCCCCCGUCCACAGAGGGCACGGGAGCCGACUCGGACUCGGACUUCAACCCGGCUGACUCAGCACCUGACAGCAGCGACCCCCGUGGCCGGCGCAACGGCAGUGGCGAGGGAGGCAGCGACUCGCCUGCUGACGGCGGCGGCAGCCAUGAAGACGAUGAUGAUGAUGAUGAGGAGGAGGAGGAGGAGGAGGCGGAGGAGGGAAAUGACGCAACCGCUGAUGACGACAAGGACGAUGAGGAGCUGUACCUGGCACACGAUGACGCG